UCCUAUUGUCGCGGCGGCGGCUGCCGGCGUUCGGCGAGGGCCGCGGCGCACUCCUCCCCCGGGGGCCGAGGGAAAGGGGCGUCGCCGCCGCUGCCGCCAUGGCCGGUUGUUGUCAGUCGCUGGCAGCGGGUUAUGGCGACGGCGGUGAAUGAAUUCUCCGGGCGGCAGAGGAAAAAAGAAGGGCUCAGCCGGCUCCAGCUCCGCGCCCCCGGCCGCCGGGGCCUCAGCCUCCUCGCCGCCCGGGCCGGCCCCCCCCGUGCCGCCGGCGGGGGCGGCGGCAGCGGCCUCCCCCCACAAGCGGAACCUGUACUACUUCUCGUACCCGCUCUUCGCCGCCUUCGCCCUGCUCCGCUUCGUCGCCUUCCAGCUCGGGCUGCUCUUCGCCUGGCUGUGCGAGCGCCUCUCCCGCGGCGCCCUCAUGGCCGCCAAGGGCAGCAGGGCCGGGGACGGCGACGCGCCCGAGCCCGGCGGGGCGCCCGAGACGGUGCGGGCCUGUCACAAGCGGGCCUUCGAGUGCAUCUCCAUGGCCCUGCGCAUCGACGAGGACGAGAGAGGACAAAAGGAACAAGCUGUUGAAUGGUAUAAGAAAGGAAUUGAAGAACUGGAAAAAGGAAUAGCUGUCUUAGUAAUUGGUCAAGGUGAGCAGUGUGAACGGGCUCGACGUCUGCAGUCUAAAAUGAUGACAAAUUUGGCAAUGGCCAAGGAUCGCUUGCAGCUUUUAGAGAAGCUGCAGGCAGUUUUGCAAAUUUCCAAGCCGCAAACGGAGGUCUAUAAUGACAGUACUAACCUGGCAUGCCGCAAUGGACAUCUCCAGUCAGAAAGUGGAGCAGUUCCAAAAAAGAAGGAUCCCUUAACGCACACAAGUAAUUCCCUUCCUCGUUCAAAAACUGUUGCAAAAACUGGAUCUACAGGCCUUUCAGGUCACCAUAGAACUCCUAGCUACAGUGGGAUAUCAUCAUCUUCUGUGUCUAGACCAGCACUUAAUCCUGUAGCUUCAACUCACAAGGCUGCUCCAAAAAAUAGCAGGACAAAUAAGCCUUCUACUCCUACCACUGCUCCUCGAAAAAAGAAAGACUUGAAGAUAUUUAGAAAUGUGGACAGUAAUCUUGCUAAUCUCAUCCUGAAUGAAAUUGUUGAUAGUGGUCCAGCUGUCAAAUUUGAUGAUAUCGCGGGGCAGGAACUGGCUAAACAAGCUUUGCAAGAAAUUGUUAUUCUUCCUUCCCUUAGACCUGAGUUAUUUACAGGACUUAGAGCUCCUGCACGUGGAUUAUUGCUGUUUGGCCCACCAGGAAAUGGGAAGACAAUGUUGGCCAAAGCUGUUGCUGCAGAAUCAAAUGCAACUUUCUUUAAUAUAAGUGCAGCGAGCCUAACUUCCAAAUACGUGGGUGAAGGCGAGAAACUGGUGCGUGCUUUAUUUGCAGUAGCCAGAGAACUUCAGCCUUCGAUAAUUUUUAUCGAUGAAGUUGAUAGCCUUUUGUGUGAAAGGCGAGAAGGUGAACAUGAUGCUAGUAGGCGUCUAAAAACAGAAUUUUUAAUAGAAUUUGAUGGUGUGCAGUCUUCUGGAGAGGACAGAAUACUUGUGAUGGGAGCAACAAACAGGCCACAGGAGCUUGAUGAUGCUGUUCUCAGACGAUUCACCAAACGGGUAUAUGUGUCUUUACCAAAUGAGGAAACGAGGUUGAUUUUGCUAAAAAAUCUUCUAAGCAAGCAAGGAAGUCCAUUGACCCAAAAAGAGUUGGCACAACUAGCUAGAAUGACAGAUGGAUACUCUGGAAGCGAUUUAACUGCAUUAGCAAAGGAUGCAGCACUGGGCCCUAUUCGAGAAUUAAAACCAGAACAGGUGAAGAACAUGUCUGCCAGCGAGAUGAGAAAUAUCAAACUGUCAGAUUUCACUGAGUCUUUGAAGAAGAUAAAGCGCAGUUUGAGCCCUCAGACCCUGGAAGCGUAUAUUCGCUGGAACAAGGACUUUGGAGAUACCACAGUGUGAAACACUACUCGAAACAAAGUGCUGUGUAAGGAGCAAUUGGUACAGACUACUGGAGAGCAGCCAGAGUUUACAGGACUUUACAGAUCUUCAAGUAUCUGCAUUAAAACUUGACAUUAAGAAAAAAUUAUACAAUGUGAAAUGUGUUCAUCAAAGCCUCCUUGCCAUUUAGUGAGGAUUUACACACUGUAAGUAAGAGCACAACAGGACUUGAGACAAGAUUUCUAGCAAUCCGAUUAUGGUUUGAACAAUAAUAUAUGUAUUUUGUUUCAGCUAGAAGGCUCUGAUGAUAUUGAUCAUUGGAAAACCUUUUCCCUAUGUUGUGUGUGUGGUUCUUUGUUUUCAGUUUUGCCAUGACAUUGAUGUCUGGCUUUCUUCCUGAUAACUACUAACUUAAAAUUGGAGGUUUGUAAACUUUGGUUCGAUUUUUGACUUUUUUAUCCUUAAUGUGCCAAAUAAAACAAUUUCCCUAUGCAAAGAGGAAGAACAGCAAUGGGGAACUACAGUUAUUAAAAUGCAAAAAGCAGCUGGUCUGUUAUUAUUUGUCUUUUUGUUUAGUUGUAAUGUGACUGUAUUGUUCACAGAACAGUUUUAAAGAAGACCUUUGAUAGCAGAACAGCAAAAAACCCCAGCCCUAUAAAUACAAACCAAUUCAAACUGUCUUUAAAAAAUAAAUCACUAAAUAAAAAAAAAUAGACUAAGACAUUGAUUUACUGGCAGUAUUUUCUCUUAACGCAUUUUGUAACGCUUCCAUUGGUAGGAUGUUAGUUUACGCUUAUGGUGUACAACUUGAAGCCCAGCUGAUGUUUGGAGAGUAAGUGAUGCUAAUUGUCAAGUUUCACAAAUGAUGUGUUUCUACUCUGUAUUUUGGUCUGUUUAUGAUAAUUGAAAGUAAAAUUUCCAUUGUGAUAAUUUUUUUAAUCUACACAUGUAAGCAUUAAAAUAUUUGGCUACAUGUUUAAUACAUGGCACACAUUAAUGUUUUUAUAGCUUUCAUAUGUUUUGGUUUAUAUAUUAAAGUAUGAAACACUCAACUUACCUGCUUUUUUAAAAAGAAAUUGCAUCUUUCUACAAAUACUUGUUUUUAUUACAUAAAUGACAAGCUAUUAAAAAACCCCCACUUAAGUAAUAGCCUUUAAAUACUGCAAUAAAGGAAAACAUGUUUGCCUUUACUACUAAAGGCUUGACAUCUCCUUUACAAAUUCUACAUGGAUUAAGCACAGAUGUUUGCAAGGCAGAACACUAAUUCCUUGUUUAGAGCAGGUUUGUGGGGUUUCUUUUGUUUUGUUUUAAAAAAAAGACAACUCUUCCCAACUUGGCGAUAAUACAAAAAUGCAUAUUGUUUACAGUUUAAAUUGUGUUAUAAGCUUUGUUUGCUUUUGGUUGUAGUGGAAAAUUUUAUUCUUAAUUUUUCAUUUAACUUAUUUUUUAUUGGUAGGAGUAAGUCAGAUAUUUCUGGCACUACUCACCUGAAAGUUGACUAUAAAUAAUAUAUAUUAUCUAUGUGUAUAUAUAUAUACAUGGAAAAAAAACCCCUAACUGAUGGAUGCGGUGUAAGUACAGUAAUACCCAGAGAGGUCUCUCUGCUCACUGCAUUGCAGUGGGUACUACACAGCAGAGACUCUGUCCACCUUCUGAGACGCACAGAUGCAAUAUGUUUAGGAUUCUGGGUUUUUUGAACCAGAGGUGCUUUUAACUGAUCUUAAGAGUAAAAGCAAUUAAAUAAGAGAAGAUUGCGUAACACUAGUAUGCCUUUUGAAAUAGUCUAACCAAACCAUUUCUAGCCUUCUAAGGGUAUGAGUCUCUCAAAUGUAUGUCAGAUGUAAAUGAAACACAUGACUUCUGUUCCUCGGAUUCACUUCCCUGGAGAAAUGAGAAGUGGUAAAAGAUUUCAGUUUCUUAGAUCUCAUGUAAUGCUUGCUUUGCCUUAGUUCUGCCUUCAGUAGACCUUCUCUGUUACUGGAGAUUCCUGGCUGACUUGAUUCAUAUUUGCCAUAGACUUCAGUGCUAAGCAUGAAUAUUACUGGUUUAUUAGCAACUACCAGAUUGCUAAACCUCUUCCUGUUCAUAAAGCUUGUAAACUUCCCUUGAGAUCUUUUGCAAAUGAAAACUUCGAGGCUAAUACGUCUAGCUUUGAGUGUUCCUAAAUAUUUGUUAUCAAACUCUGUUUUCCUCCACUUAAUUUUGAGGAAUGCACUGGUAUUCAUUUCAAAGACAUACCUAUUGGCAUGUUAUAGGUACCUGAAAUGUAGAGGCAGGAGUUCCCAUCUGCUGAAACGCCGCCAGUGAGCAGCACAGAGAGUGAGGAGAACCAGCUGCCACUUCAGAAAGAAAAAGGAUGAGCCCUUUCACUUGUUCCUACAACCAGUUCGGGGCCAGAGAUUGUGUGACUGGUACCACUGCUUUUUGGUUAUCUAUUCUGCCUUGAUUGUUUUCUGCAUAAUGGAUGAACUACAGCUCUGUAAAUUAGUGCUGGAACACAGUAAUAACUUAAUUUUGUUCUGAAACGUCAGUUUGCCCCAUAGCUGCUGGAUUCUAGCCCAUGACCAAGUUCCGUUUGGUUCAUAAAUCUUCUUAAAAUGUCUGUCUUGUGCUAUUUUCUGAAUAGUGUCUUUUAAGAAUAAUUCUCUUCCCCUUAAGGCAUUAUCUCACAUCUUCUGGUUUCUUGUUCUACGUGUACUAAGUCCCAGCUGAGAGGUUUUUCAUCUGUAUGUUGGAGUAACUGUUUAUAAAAGCAGAUUGGGAGGGGGGGGAGGGAGGGGGAAGAAACCCCCAAAACAGCCCCCACCUCCCAAAACAACUUCUAAAUGCCUAUAUUUCCCAAAUCUAUGGUAUUUUAUAUAGAACUUUGCGACUGUGUUUACCAUAAAAUCAGAUUAUGUUCUAAUAUGGUAUCUUGGAUUAGAAUGGGAUAAGCAGGACAGCAGCUUGGAUGCUUUUAACCUUUGCAGAGAUCAGCAUUACAUUAGCUCUCUAAACUGCUGACCUUUUCUUUUUUUCCCCCCCUUUUCUGAAUCUGGCCUCUGCUGAUGAGUGACUUGACCCACUUUUUUGAGGUGAUUAGGAAGCAGCUUGUCUGGCCCUCUUUGUGUUUUACUGACUUAAAUUGUAGCAGUUACUGGAGGGAGAAAAAAACAACCUAAGCGUCCUGGGUUUUUUUUUAACCUUCUCCAUAUGUCUUUGCCUCUUUUUAUUAUUAAGCAGGAAAUGCACCUUUUAUUUUCCUAUGUGUUGGAAGAAUAAUGUCUUCUCAGGCACUGGGUCGCUGCUUUUGGUGGCAUAACAGGACAUUGAAAAACUCAAGCACUGUGUGAUGCUCUUUCUCCUUAAAAUGAAGAUUUGUCGUGUGUUGUGAUGUUCCCUUUACUCAUGUUGACUUUUCUGUAGAGUACACCAAACCUGUACAGGAUUUUUCCUUGCGGCUAAGACAAAAAAACCCACUGAAUAUUAAAGAUGAGCCUUAAACUAGGAUAUUUCUGCACAUGUAAGUCUCUCUGUCCUGUUAGUUUCUUAGACUUUACAGAGCUCAAUGUAUUAGAGGUAGGCAAUUCUGCCUGAGGUGUCUGACUGAUUCUACUUCAGAAAGUCAGUCGCUAAUACAGUUGUAUUGAAUAUGGCCCUGCAGCUUACUUGAUGUAGAUAAUAAAUGUGAUAGGAACACUUCAAAGUGGGGAAGAAUGGGAUCUGUGAACUGAGAAGAAAUUUGUUGUUGCUGCACUAGGGGUCAUUGCUGAUUUCACUGUUAAGAUUUCCUCAGAUGUUUUUAAAAUGACAGGUUUUAUACGUAGAACUUACUCAGACAAAUAACCUUACUUUCUGGUGUAGAAUAAACAGUACCUUUUCUAUUCUGAACAAGCGUUUUCUGGCGCUGCUUGGCACUGCUGCCAAGUCCUGCUCGUGAAAUUUAAUUCCUUUGCAUUGGGAAUACUGAAGUCAGACACGCUGGCAAACCUAACUGAGAUGUCUGUUCUGAACCGGUAUGGAAAGCAGCGUUCCACUUAGGGCUUUGUGAACCACCGGUGGUCAAACCGUGCCCUAGAUUCGUACAGUGCUUUCUUACCCAAGACAUGGAUAAUGCGUAGCUGUGCCCCAGACGUGUUCCCCUUGCUACUCCAGUGCUUUAGUGAUGCUUCUGCGCGUGGCAGCUGUGGGGGGCAGCCAGCACUGGUGCAGGUUAUGGAUCUUCAUUCAUUGUCUGGAGGUCUCAAGCUUCCUUCCUGUUUUUAGUGUUGGGGACUUCUACCUACCAGAUAUCAAAAAUGGAAUGGACUGUAGCAAGCAGGUAGUGAAUGCAACUAGUUAUCUCAGCAUUGUGCUAAUUAGAGGCAGUUGCCAGUUUCAUUGUUUGGUUGUCUUGAGCUGCUGUUUAGUGUUGAAGGAUGUUGUUCACUCACCUAUGUGAGUUUUCAUGCAUAGAAUGAUCUGCUGCUCAUCCUAUGAGAUGAGCAAUGGAUCAGUUAUUUUCUUUUAGAAUUUUCAAGUAUCCUUUUCAAUAUUUUUCUUUUAAAUACUGUAACUAUUAAUUCCACGGGAUUAGGAAUUUAAACUGUCACUUCCUGCAAAUACAAAAUCAUCUUCUGAAGCAUGGGGAAAUGUGUAUGGUGUUUUUCCUGCUUCUCAUGUAAAUCGUCAACUGUCUUAGAGUAGCAACUGUUUACUUUGUCAAUAACUACCUCCUGAGUUUGGCAAUAAUUGGCAAGGUAUACACUCCUCCAGUGGAUUGAAUAUAUUGGCUAAACACUGUGGAUUCUUUGGGGUUUGAGCUUUGCAUUUGCAGAUUCCUGACAUGCUGUGUGGAAACCAUGGUGAUCAGCUUUUGUUUUGCUGUAGGACUUUCCCCGCCUUCAUAAGACACACUUCUUAAAAUCCUGUUUCAGAGAAGUGCCUCUGAGGUAAAAGGCCAACGUUCUUUGUAGGUGGUUACUACAGGCGUACUCUUCUAAGGUGCCAGGGGUGUUGCCUCUCAGUUCGCUGGGGUUUUUUUACCAUUUGAAGUGGGGAAGAAAGUACUUCAUCUAGUACUUGCACACCUAUCAAAGGGACUGAAAACUUAGAAACCGGUUUUGCCGCAUGGUUUAAUUUUUUAUUGAUCUGAAGGGCUAGUCAGUAUUUUUUAGAAAUCUGGAUUAAAGUGACAAAAACCAAAGGUGGAGACAAAACUCUAUACCCCACCCCCUUUAAAUAUAUUCAACAACUCUAGUCUAGGAUGGAGUCAAUUCUUGUAUUUUGUUGUUUUGAAGCACUUUUGUUUCAUUGUUCCUUUGUUUCCUGAAAUGUUAAGACACCAUUUUAUUAAUAAGCAAUGUAAAAAAAGCAUGAUGAGCAGUCACAUAGCUUUAGCUUCACAAUAAAAUGUUGCAUUUGUCCUGUUCUUACUGUUUUCUUGUCUGUUUAUCGGAUAAAAUAUAAAAAACGAAGAGCCUUUUCAUUAAACCUGAAGCCUGUUAAGUUGCUGCUGGUUUAAAAAACAGACCAAAACCAAACAGGUGUUGUAUACCAUAUGAUGGAACAUUAAAUAUGUAAAUACCUCAUUUAGUUCCUAAAGGACAUAACUCAAGUUCUUAAAACUAAUGUAAACAGAAGUGCUACUUCCUAAAUAAAUGUGCUGAAACCGAAA